AUGCUUCACCAACAGAGUGCAUCGAUGGGGUCGAUGGGCAUGCAGAAGCCCAGAGUGCAUCUGGAGCAUCCGCCCUCGAUCCCGCGCUCGUACAUUUCGAGCGACAGCACGGUCAACUUGAGCGUGCUUUCCUCACCCGCCCGACCGCCGGCGUCGUUUACGCGCAGCAGCUCGUCUCGCAGCUCAGUCGCAUCGGCGCUUCCUAAGCGGCCGUUCUCGAACUCAUCAUCGCGCCAGUCGUCGUCCGACUCGAUCGAUUCGGUCAGUAGCUCGACUUCCAGCCGCUUGUCGCCCAUCAGCAGCAUCGAUGCGGCUGGUAGCAGCACCGACGCAAGCAGCGCAGAAGAGGAUGACCUCAUCCAGAUGGUGUAUACGUCGUCGGCUCGAUCGCGCCACAUGUCGACCGACGAAGUCAAGUCGAUCCUUCGUGCGUCGCGCAGCAACAACUCCCGACUCGGCAUCACCGGUCUGCUUCUGUACCGCGACGGCACAUUUGCACAGUUCCUCGAGGGUCCAGCUGAUGCAGUGGAUGCACUGUACGACUCGAUCGAGCGCGAUCCUCGCCACCACGGCGUCAUCCGUGUGCUCAGGCAGCACGUCACCAAGCGCGACUUCAAGCAGUGGAGCAUGGCCUUCAGAGACCUCGACAUGAUCCGACGCAGAUCACCCUCUGCAGAAUCCGAUGAGGUCGGAGACGAAAUCUCGCCCGAGGACCAGGUCAACGAAGGCUUCAGCCAGCUCAUGAACGUUGGCCUUAGAGUCGGCGAUUCGUCCGACGACGAGUACAGACCCGAUGCGCUAGGAAACGCAAAGCUCGACCUGCCUGCAGACAUGUCCGCCCCCAUGCGCAAGCUCGUCACCACCUUCUACCGACUCAUGGACAGGCCUCUGUAA